AGAGGGAGGGGUGAAACACGGGGAGAAAAGUUUGUUUGGCUGCCUCAAAAGCAAUGGACGGAGUUUGUUAAAUCAUAUAGCUCGACUCGCCUGGUUUACUAAGAAAAAAAAUGCGGAAAGACUACAUACUAGUAAUGACUAAAACGUACAACACGAUAGCCUAGUCUGCUCGGGGGAGGAGUGUUUACAAAUGUUGCUAGACGUUUAACGGCAUCUAAUCACACUGAGCGAUGGCAGAUGGAAAUCGGACGGUUGUGUACUUGUCUGAGCAGGUGAUAGUGUUGUGUUCGUGUGCGCUGUCGUUUCUGGGCUCUUCGCUUAUCAUCCUCACCUUCGUUAUUUGGUCAGACUUGAGGACGACUCCGAGGAGACUGCUGGUGUACCUCUCGGUGUCCGACUGGCUGUCCGCCGUCUCCUACGCCUUCGGGGUCUGGAGAGUUUUCCACACCGACUCGCUGGAGUGCGUCGCUCAAGGAGCCAUAUCUACUUUCGCCAACACCAGCUCCUUUUUCUGGACCGUGGCCAUCGCUGUUUACCUGUAUGUUUUUAUCGUGAGGUCCAGCCAGAGGGUCGCUGACAGCUUGGUGGUGUUUUUCCAUCUUAUUAGCUGGGGCGUACCUCUAGCCAUCACUGUUGCAGCCGUUUGCCUGAACAAGAUUGGCUAUGACGCGUCAGAGGUGUCGGUGGGCUGGUGCUGGGUCAGUAUCCACGCUCCCGACCGGGUCCUGUGGAUGCUGCUGACAGGAAAGAUCUGGGAGUUCCUGGCGUACCUCACCCUGCCGGUCCUCUACAUCCUGAUCAAGAGGCACAUCCACGUAGCGCAUGCUGCCCUGUCCGAGUACCGUCCCAUCUUGGCCAACAGGCCGCUGUCACACUCCUUCUCCUCCAUGGCUGAUAUGAAGCUAACACUCAUUCCCAUCAUCUUUAUUGUCCUCCGCAUUUUGAGCACAGUGCGCUUUAUUCUGCUGCUAGCCGGCUCUUCGGCCAGACAGAACCCAGUGCUGGUCACUCUACAUGGAAUUGGCAACACCUCACAGGGAGCAGCCAACUGCAUCAUGUUUGUGUUACUUACAAGGCCAAUCCGCACUCGCCUCUGCACCGCGCUCUGCUGCUGCUCCAAGCGUCAAGCAGAUGUGCAGCGCUCGCAUGACACCCCCCACAGGCUGCUGCCGGGACAGGACACCACCACACAGAGAGAGGCAGACAGCACCGGUCGAUCCGGGGCUGAUAGAUGAUAUCCUGUUGACGAGAGGACGAACUAAGGUUGACGUGAAGGUAGCAGUGGAGGUCUCUGCCUUACAUUGAGCCUUAUUACAGCAAGUGCCUGUUAUGAGGGUUGGAGAUUCUGCAGGUGCAUGCACAUCUGUUUCACAGAAACAGUCACAUGUGUGCACUUUGGGUGAUGAGCAGAUGCAGCCAAACUAUGCACCAGCAUUUGAUGAAGCAUUUGAAGUGUUGCAUUCUGAAUAUGUUGCACAUGGAUACGGUAGUUUUACAGGUGUGCUGUAGUUUAAAGUGCCGUCUCACUUUAAGUUGGUUUUUUUUAUACAUGUUUUCUGAAUUUUGACAGGCUGGUCACUCAUUUAAAAGACAGUUUUCAGCUUUAUUUAUCACGUACUGUGUAGAUUCACUUACAUUCUGAGUUAAUGUUCCGUUUUUAUUUUUUUCCGUUGAGUAUCCAGGUACUAUAUUUAUGGGAAAAAAUUACCCACAUUUCAGUGCCGGUACAAGAUUCUUCCUUUAAGUGAUGAACUGAUACUGAACUUUCACAGAAAGCUUUGAAUGAUGAUCCAACCAAAAGCUGAUCUUUCAACUAUCGAACAGUCUGUUGGCUUGGAAGAUGGGUGUGAAACAUUUGUGGUACGGCUGCAAACAACAAUUAUCUUCAUUGUUGAAUAAUCUGAUAAAAAAAAAAGUCAAUCAGUGUUUCAGUGUUUACCAAAGCCCAGAGUAAAGAAGUAAAUAUACAUUAUAUAAAUACUGAUAUUUGAGAAGCUAGAAUCAGAGAAUUUUUGGUUAUUUUCAUGUUGAAGAAAGAUUAAACCCAUUUACUGAUUAUCACAUUUAUUGGAGAUUAAUUUAAUAGUUGACAACUAAUUGAUUAAUCCAUCUGUUGUUGUGGCUCCAGUUUUUGGUCAGUUUUAGUUUAUCUCAGAGUCAGUACAAUACUUCUCUACUCAUUGUUAUGCUAAAAUAUGGCUCAGUAGUCUGCUUAUUACAGAGUUUUAGUCAUAUUUUGGUGAAUCAGAGUUAUACAAAGUUGUGGAUUAAUAAUGUAGAAGAAAAUAAUGCCGCUGGUGUGAUCAUCAUUUGUAUAAAAUAAUGAGCAAAGCCACUGUGACCCACCCAUAGGUUUGUGGAGUUUAAAUUUCUGCUGUCACCAUCUUGGAUUUUUGGAGCUAGAAGUGAUUAUAUUUUGACAAGAGGAUGGAGUUAACCCUAACAUUUCCUGCUAGUUUGGAUAGCGCAGUGAAUUUACAUAGAUGGAUAGCCUAACCGUAAUAAUGCCAAUGCUAAUUUUCACUGGCAGAAAACAGGCUUAAUACCUUUCAGACAAAUUGUAGCUACCUGAAAAACCGAACAUCCAAGUCCUUAAAGGUACUUUUAGUGCAACCAAACACUGAACAAGACCAUUUAAGGGGAAAAUGUUACAAUGAACUUUUAUUUCCAAAGUGAAAACCUGUCCCCAUUACUAUCCUUCAUAACUGGCAUGAAUUAAAGUUGCCCGCAGCUGUUCUUCUGUUAUUGGGCAAACUGCAAACUUUUUACAGCCAUCUUUUAAGCAAGAUAUAAAAAAGAGUGUUUUUUCUUUGUGUUUGUUUACAUUUUGGGUAGUAUUCCCUGUAAUAUGUUGUGCAAUGUAACUUACAUAUCAAAUUCCAACUUAUGUCCCAUUUAACUUUGUUGUGUGAAAGGUUUUUGUGCAAGAAACUUGAUAACAUUUGAUUGUCUCUUUAAAGAAAAGUGACAUUAUAUGGGUCAGUUUUCUGUCAGAGGUCAAUUUACUUAAAAUGCAUUAAAAGUUACAUUGAAAUCUUAAA